AUGGCUCCUCGGCUCUGGAUGUUAACCACCUAUUCGAGCUCUAAUAUCUAUCCCCUGCACUUUCAAAAAGCGAAAGGGCGUGAGAUUAUCAUUUCCGAAUACCCACGAUUUCACCUCACCUGGAAAUAUUCCCAGAUAUUUAUCAAGCCUCUCCCGAAAUAUAUGCUAUCCUUUACUUUCUGGGAUAACCUCCUCGUCUCGGCCCGCUCGCCGUUGGAAUCCCAUGACCGGGAGGAACUGCUUCAAGCUGCCACAGGCCUACUACGCACAUACUAUUAUUUAGUUCAAUAUGAGUCGGACUUCAGAGUGGCACAAUCAACGGGGCUCUUGCCACAGGAUAUAACCUGGCAUGGAUUCUCGAAUUUCAUUGCCGAGGCCCAAUUCAUCCACGAUCGUGACGUUGCCCCUCGAUAUCACUACGGGGAGAUUCGACUGACGAGAUUGAACUUCUACUCGAAGCUUUUUCUGCAUCGAUCGCAAUACGAGUGGGGCCGACCCCAGUACAGUGACUAUUUCAAUCGUUUCUAUGGGCAUAUCUUGUUCGUGUUUGCGAUGCUGUCUCUGCUAUUGAGCGCAAUGCAGGUUGAACUGGCUUCUGAAUCUCUCGUAGCCGACGUAUGGAUGCCCACAUGGUAUAUAUUUCGCUAUGUGAGUGUUGUCUGUAUAUUCGUGCUGGCGCUGACUGCGUUGUCCAUCUUGGUCACGCUGAUUGCCAUGAUCUCUAAUGAGUGGGUUUAUGCGAUACGCAGUAUGAAAAGAAAAAGGGUUACCCCAGAUGCCAGUUUGGAGUAG